CUGGGCGGUUUGCGGUGACAGCAAGCACAUUGGAAUUUGCAUCCCUGGGAAGUUAUUCAUCUUUGUGGUCAACCUGCUGAAGAAAUGGAUUUGGAUCAAUUGGACCUGAAUCCCAGAAUUAUUGCUGCAGUUAAGAAAGCCAAAUUGAAAUCAAUAAAGGAGGUUUUGCAUUUUUCGGGACCAGACUUGCAGAGACUGACCAGUCUCUCCAGCCUUGACGUGCAGCACUUGCUGAGAACAGCCUCCUCACAGGUGCGGGGAAGCAGCGUCUUCACAGCGCUGCAUCUGUACCAGCAGAAGCAGAGGUUCCCCGCGCAGCAUCAGCGCCUGAGCCUGGGCUGCCCCGUGCUCGACGGGCUUCUCCGCGGCGGCCUGCCCCUGGACGGCCUCACCGAGCUGGCCGGCCACAGCUCCACCGGGAAGACCCAGCUGGCGCUGCAGCUCUGCCUGACCGUGCAGUUCCCGCGGCAGCAUGGAGGCCUGGGGGCCGGGGCCGUGUACAUCUGCACGGAAGACGUCUUCCCCAACCUGCGUCUGCAGCAGCUCAUCGCUCAGCAGCGGCACCUGCGGACAGACGUCCCAGGAGACGUGGUCGACAGGAUAAAAUUUGGCAACCAGAUCUUCAUCAAGCAUGUGGCCGAUGUGGACACCCUGCUGGAGUGUGUGAGCAAGAAGGUACCCGUGCUGCUGUCUCGGGGGAUGGCCCGUUUGGUGGUCAUUGACUCUGUGGCUGCCCCGUUCCGCUGCGAGUUUGACGGCCCGGCUGCGAUCCCCAGGGCCAGGCGUCUGCAGGCGCUGGGGGCCGCCCUGCGCCGGCUGAGCGGCAGCUUCCGGAGCCCGGUGCUGUGCAUCAACCAGGUGACCGAGGCCGCAGAGGAGCAGGACGCAGCGCCCGGGCCACAGGGUCUCUGGGACAAACGGGUUUCUCCAGCUCUCGGAAUGACCUGGUCCAACCAGCUCUUAAUGCGGCUGAUGGUCAGCCGGCGCCGCGCCGAGGAGGCUGUGCUCACCCCACCCGGCCAUCCUACCCGCACCCUCGAGGUGGUCUUCGCCCCUCACCUGCCCCGCUCAUCCUGUUCCUACACCAUCCACGCGGAGGGAGUGCGAGGGACUCCUGGGACUGAGUCCUACUGACACAGCAGCUGGCCGGUUCAGCUGUGGAUUCUGGCCGAGCCUUCCGCGCUGCAGGCCCAGGGGACCGACGUCGACUCGGCACACCCAUCUUGGGUCAGGGUGUGCUCCAGGGUGUCGGCCACACCUUCUCCACAGCAGGGAGGCGGAGCGCACGGAGGAGCUGCCCCACGUGGCCUCCCUGCAGGCAGGGCCGUGUCGAGUUCAGGCCCCACACCCCCACCACGCUGCCUGGCACAGUGGGCCCUGGACCCCUUCACCUCAGCUGGCUCUGUGCCAAACUCUGCCCUAAGUAACUUUUCCACGGCCCCUAGGGAUGGAGAAUUGCUAUCCUUGAUCUCAGCGACACUGAGGCACCGCGAACAGUCAAGUGACCUGGCCAUCCUCCCACAGCUCCACCAGCCAGACACUGACCCAGUACUGGGGGUGGAGGCAGCGGUCCUUGGAACUGGGCAGAC